AUGAACCUUGUUGAAUCUAUCAUCAUCUUAGUAUCCUUAGUGAUCCUGAUAAAUGGAGCACAAUUCCUGGAGCCGAACUGCGGCAUUUCGAUUUCGACUUCACGUUCGAGACCAAGAGUAGCCGGUGGUCAGGUGGCUGAUAUGUUUGCCAAUCCCUGGAUGGCCUAUGUAUAUUCCUCGAAAUCAGCAUGUGGGGGCUCGCUAAUCACAAACCGCUUUGUACUUACUGCGGCCCAUUGUCUGCAUUAUGAGUAUACGAUAGUAGUGCUAGGUGAAUUCGACCUGUCUUCUCCUACCGAUUGCUCGGUUAGAGGCUGCAUGCCCUAUGCUAUCCGCGUGCCCGUGGAUCAGCAAAUAGCACAUCCUCGGUAUGUACAUCAUACCAGAGAUGACAUUGCACUGAUUCGACUGGCCAGAUCGGUGCAGUAUACAAACUACAUCAAACCUAUUUGCCUGCUGACCAACUUAAAUCCUUUGAAUACUCUCAGAUACCUGACCGUCACCGGCUGGGGUUUAACUCAAAACGGACGUCCCAGCCAUAUAUUAAAAACCCACACCUUGCAGCAACGCGAUCGUUUAUAUUGUGCUAGAAGAUUCAACUUCAGAGUGGAUAUGUCUCACAUUUGCGCCGAGAGUAACAAUUCGAAAUCCUGCAAGGGAGACUCUGGGAGCCCAGUCUCGGCCCCCUUGAAUUUGGGUGGCACCACUCCACGCACAGUUCAGUUCGGAAUUAUGAGCACUAUAGGGCGAGGCUGUAAUUCUGUGGAGGUUUACACGAAUGUCAUGCACUAUAUGGGGUGGAUUAGGGAAGUUGUGCGACGAGGUGGCUAUCAGAGGCCUCAAUAUCCCAUCCGAAGUCCCACAAGUUAUUAUUAUUCGCCCUUUUACGGUUAA